CAGUGUGUGCAUUGUCCGACGCAUAAUAUCCAAUAGAAAAAUUCGUUUUCAGCACACGUUGUUAGUUAACUUUAGCGCAUAUUUUUCAUGGACAUCAGAAUUAAAGUUGGUAUUGCAUCUGUUAUCUAGCGUGCAGCGGUUAUAUUUCUACGUUGAUUAUUUUGGAUUAUUCGUUCAAAUAACACAUGCAUACCGAAUCGAAAGUUGUGCUCUAAAGACAAAAAUUUAAUGAUUAAGAGGAAGAUGGUAAAUUCUGAUAUUAUUGCUGAUUUCGCUGUAGAUUGUUGAAAUAGCUAUCUAUGUCGGAAUCUUGUACUUGUGCGUGUGAGCUGUGACUGCGUGAGGUUAAUCAAAGCAACUCAUAUUUGCCGAAUAGUAACCGGCAUAAAUAAUAAAUAUACGUGUUAUACGUAAAAAUAAGAUGAAUACGCCGCAAUCUAAUAAAAAGAAAGGCAGGAGUAGAAUAGGUAUAUCCAACGAAAGUGCAAGUCCUACGAAUACUGAGACACUCAGCACCCAAGAAUCAGCAAAAUUUGUUUUGGUUAAUCCUAUAGGAGAAGAUGGAAACAAAUCAGUUAAAUUGGCUAUCUCCGAUGCCAUUCCUAUUAUUUCUAUGGACACAAGUAUGUUUGAUGAGAAAACUAUAGCACAGAAGAAUAAUGCAGCAGCAUCGGAAAAAGAGAAAGAAGACAAGAAUGUCCUUAGCACUUUGCCUGUUGCUACAGUUAAAGAAAUUGAAGGCUAUGAAAAUCAAUUAGGAGAGGCUGACGCACUUCCAAAUUCUUAUAUUAGAUUUAUGGAACGCAGCGGUGAAGAGCUAGAUGGAGAAGUAGAAUAUGAUUUAGAUGAGGAAGAUACUGCUUGGCUUUCCAUAGUCAAUGAAAGAAGACUAGCAUCUGGAUUAACACCCCCAUUGGAACCUGACAUAUUUGAAUUAUUGAUGGACAGACUGGAAAAAGAGUCAUAUUUUCAGCAACAAAGCAAUGGCGGAGGUGGUGUUGCUGCGGAUGAAGAUGCUGUCUGUUGCAUCUGCAUGGAUGGAGAAUGUCAGAAUAGCAAUGCAAUCUUGUUUUGUGAUAUGUGCAACCUCGCUGUCCAUCAAGAUUGCUACGGUGUACCGUAUAUACCCGAAGGACAAUGGUUGUGUAGAAGGUGUUUGCAGAGUCCAUCCAGGGCUGUGGAUUGUGUUUUAUGUCCAAACAGAGGCGGUGCAUUCAAACAGACUGAUCGUCCUGCAACAUGGGCGCACGUAGUAUGCGCUCUAUGGAUACCAGAAGUAAGAUUUGCCAACACUGUGUUUCUGGAACCCAUCGACAGUAUAGAAAGUAUUCCGCAAGCUCGUUGGAGACUCGCGUGCUGCGUAUGCAAACGCAGAGGAGUAGGUGCGUGCAUUCAGUGUCACAAGAGCAAUUGCUACGCAGCAUUCCACGUGACUUGUGCCCAGCAAGCUGGCUUAUGCAUGCGCAUGAGAACAGUGCAGCCCGCUAACGGCGAACCAAUGCUGGUGCAAAAGACUGCUUAUUGCGAGGCGCAUACACCUGUUGAUUAUCAGCCUUCCACGAAUCCUGUUGAUGCGAGAAGGAGAGCGAUAGCUAAUAAGAAAAGCUCAUCAGCGCCUGUUAUUUCUAUUCCUACCAUACCACCUGAAAGAAUCAGAGAAAUUGCUAAUUUAGCUGAAGGAAUACCAAAAAGGAGUCAAUUAAUACAACGUCUCAUUGCCUACUGGACAUUAAAGCGGCAAUACAGAAAUGGUGUUCCGCUUCUUAGGAGAUUACAAAGUUCGCACCCGCAAUCCAGACCACCUCCACUCGGAGAAGCCUCCUCACCGACACACGACAGCGAAGUCCGGGAAGAAUUGUACCAUCAGCUUAAAUAUUGGCAAUGCUUACGUCAAGACUUGGAACGUGCACGUUUACUAUGCGAAUUAGUGCGAAAACGUGAAAAAUUAAAGAAAGAAUUUAUCAAAGUGAAAGAAAAAUGCUUAUGGUUUGAAUUGCGACCACUGGAGAGUGUUUUACACACAUUAUUAGAAGCCAUAAAAGCGAAAGAUGUAAACGACGUAUUUGGGCAACCGGUGAAUAUCAAAGAAGUUCCGGAUUAUCUUGAAAUAGUGACGCAUCCUAUGGAUCUCUCCACUAUGCAGGGGAAACUAGAAAAACAGGAAUAUGACUCCAUUACAGCUUUUGAGACUGACUUUAAUCUGAUGGUGAACAAUUGCCUAGCAUAUAAUCGCAAAGAUACCAUGUUCUAUCGGGCGGGGGUGAAAAUGAAAGAGCAGGGUGGAGCCUUAAUAGAGCAGGUCCGUAAAGACUAUCCUGAACUCGAUCCAAUCGUCGAAGCCGAACAGACCAGUUCUAAAUCUAGAAAAAGAGAAAGAGUUAAUCGUAGUCGCGUGGAAGCGGAGUCGCAAUCUAAUGAGAAGGAGGUCGGCGGAGGUGGUGUAAAUCGGAGAACGGCGGUAUUGUUCACGCGUAAAGCUAAAGCGCGUAAUGCUCGAAGCGGCCAAAUGUUUCCUUCGGAAGAUGACAAAAAGAAACAAAGUGAUAGUUUUAAAGUAUAUAGGAGUGGAACAAUGGAUAGUGAUGCAGGUGAGGCAGAAAGCCAAUCAUCAAGCUGCAGCAGCUGCCCUACGAGUAGAUCCACCACUCCUGAUCUAGAAGACGAGAAGCAACGACAAGAGGUCGUCGAUACAAAGAAAGAAAGUGAAAGUAAACAAACGAAUGCUAGUAGCGGCUUGGAAGCCUUGCAACUUGUAUGGGCUAAAUGUCGUGGAUAUCCUUGGUAUCCAGCUCUCAUCAUUGAUCCGAACACACCGCGAGGUACCGUAUAUAAAGGAGUACCGAUCCCAGCACCGCCUGAUGAUGUUCUGGCACUCGCAGACAAUUACAAAGAGCCGGUCUUCCUCGUUCUUUUCUUCGACACGAAGCGCACAUGGCAAUGGUUGCCCGGUGAAAAAUUAGAGAAACUUGGAGUAUCACAGGAAGUGGACGAAGCGAAAUUGAUCGAAUCGCGUAAACCUGCGGACAGAAAGGCUGUGAAGAGAGCAUACCAAGAAGCUUUACUACAUCGCAAACAAACACAUAAUUCUGCGUUAGAGAGUUCAAGUAACACAUAAAUUAUACACGUAAUUAUAUAGAUAUAGUAAGUAAUAGAACUAGAGUAUUGAAGCUACAAAAAGAUCCUAUAUAACGUAUACAUUGUUUCUUUAAUAAAUAUUUUAUUAAAUAUUUAUUAAAAUAUAAG